GGAAAUAUUACAAAUAUGGCUUCUAGGAAUUUUUUAUUUUGUAGAAUUUUAUUUUCUCUUUUUAAUACUGUAAUGUCAAUAGAUAAUUCAGAAAAUGUCUUUUCAAUCGUCAUUAUCUUCUCUUCACUGUCUUUUGAAAAUUCAAAAUAUGGCUCAGUUAAAAAUGAAACUUAUGGAUUACAACGCCUCAGUGAGAAGAAUCAGAAAAUAUUGUAAAAAAACUACAAACGAGGAAAUUCUUUCUCACAUAACAGAACUAGAUUACAAAAUCCAAGAUAUACUUAGCAUCUACAAAAGUGAACUGGGUUCAGUCACAGAUGAACUAAAUGCUUACAUUGCAGAAAGGAAUCAGCUACAUUUAGUUGCAAGCGAAUAUGGUGCGCUUUGUAAAGAGGUUCAGAACAAGUAUGACGAAGAAAAUGCAACAUGCAUCAAACUCAAAGACGAUUUUGCAAAAACACACCGUCUACUUACGAUAAAAGAUGAGCUUUUGUGUGAAUUGCGUAAUGCAAACGUCCAGCACCACAAUGAACAUUUGAAAACAUCUAAAGAACGAGACGAACUCGUUAGUCAAAACACAACAUUGAAAGUUAUUUGCAAUGAUAAAUCUCAAAAGCGUAUUUAUUUUGAAGCUUAUGUUCAAAAGCUGACGGAGCAAAUUCAUUUUGAGCGUGAAACUCAUGAGAAAGAUGUUAUUAGUCUGAGGAAUUGCAAUGCCACUGGCAAGCAAACUAUUGAAAUUGCAAACCAGAAGAUUUGCGAGAUUAACCUUGUUAUAGAAAAGCAUCAAUUACAAUUAAAAAAUUUGACUUCGCAACAUAUACGCGAAUAUAAUCACUUUUGUGAAAAUUUAAAGAAACUUUAUCAAAAUAAACUACAAGUACUUCAAAAGAACACAGAGAAGAAAAUUCAAGAUCUUCAACAACAGAGAUCUCAACAAACAGAGGAAAACAUUCGUUUGAAAGCAGUUAUUGAAGAAAUGAAUGCAAAGAUUAAUGAACUGGAAAAAAAUGUUUUUUCUUCGCAUGAACAAAAUACAACUCUAAACCACGCACUUGAAGAUGAGCAACGCGCUGCUGCAGCACUUCAGGAACUUGAAAAGAAAUUUCAACUACCCCAUGAAUAUUACAACACUUAAGUAAAAGACAAGUUUAACGUUGCUUGUAGUGAUAACACACAUAAAACAUAAAGUAUUAUCACAAUUAACAGAAGCUAAAGCAAAUCCAUUAAAAGUUUUUUCCUUUUUAUGUAGUAACAAAAAAAAAAAAGUAGGGGAAGGUGGGGAGAAGUCGGACACGUGAGUUUUUUUUUAGGGUAAUUACAAUACCUUUUUCACCAAUCAAAAUAAUCAAAUGGCGACGGAAAAAAGCAGGAAAAAUUUUAUUUUUAUUUUAGUCCCACUUCGCCCCAACGUAAACACUUUUUUAAGGUAUUUUUCAAUAUUAGGAUUACAUAGCGCACGCAGGAAAAUAAAUUUCUGCUGAAGAAAAGAAACUUAAUUGUUUACAUUAAAUAACAGUAUUUAACAAUCCUAAUUUGAAAUUUCAGGCUGUCCCACUUCUCAAGCGUCCCAUUUCACCACACUCUCCCCUACAUAUGAUUUUAAUUUUUUAACAUUUUAGCGGUUGUUAGCAUUUCAACAAUUCUUAAUUAUUUCCUAUUUUGAAUUUCUUAAUUUUUUUAGUUAUUUUCUCUCAGUUUUAAUUCUGAUCUAUAUUUUGUAUAUUUAUAUUAUAUAUAUAUGUAUGUUACGGUUAUGUAGAGUUUUUUUUAUGUAGAGUUUUUUUUUAUAUGUGGGGCUCGGCGAUAAAGCAAACUGUGCCUUUAUUUUGCUCCUGCCAUUAAUUUUGAUAUAUGCAUAUGCACUGUAAACAUUUUUUCACAGCGAAAUAAGUUACACCAAAAAAAAAAAAACAAAAAAAAAAAU